CCCAGGCUAUCUCCCACACACCGGCUACUGCUCUCCUCCCCUGGCUGUCACUGUGCAGCUAAGGCUGUUUGCGGAAGUGUGUGGGUCAGCAUGGCAGGGAAGGAGCCUCUGCUGGGCACUCUGAAAGGUAGGUAGACUGGGUGAGGGGGCUGGGUGGGCUAGGAAUGCCUACAGAGGGGCUGAUGAGAACACUGUGGGGGUUUAAAGGAGGAGAUUAACUAAAGAGGAAAUAGCAGUGAGGAAUGGGGGGAUGUGGAGCAUAAAAAAAAUAUAUAAAUAAAGGGGGGAAAAUAUAUAAUAAAAAUUAGAAAUGGGGGAUCUGCAUGUUGCACCAUGGAGGGGCUAUAGAAGAGGAAGGGGUUUUCUGAAGACUCUAUUAGACAUAUAAGAUACAGAGAAAGCCAAACUGAGAUUAAUAGCACUGAUUAUGGUAAAGGUCUGGGAAACAGGCGUCUUAAAGGAGGGGUGCCAGGCUAGUGAAUGUGGGGAGGGGGGCUAGCCCCUGCCUGGACUCUGUGCUCAGAAAGGGUUAAUGCUACCAGUGAACAGUAUCCUUAAUAAUAAUAAUAAUAAUGCUUUCUGUUGUUCUCAAUAAGGGGGUGAGUGGGUGUGUAUACUGCCAUUGUGGGCACCUUGGAUCUCAAUAAUGGACAAAAUGGGGUGAAUAUAGCUAGAAGGGGUGACUUGUGAGAGGUUUUCUGCUCCUUGUUGGUUUAUUCAAUAAAGUAAGAAUUCAAAGUGAAUUUCCUAUUCAAAGUUAAAGUAGUCAAAUUGGAGAAAAUCGAAGUCUGCUAUGCUCCAGUUCAGCUACUUUUGGUGUUAAAUUCACUUUGAAUCCAUGUUGAAUUCUCACCUUAGUGUAUAGCCCUGAUUGGGGUAAGUCGAGCCAGGCGGACAGCAUUCCUCUGGCACACCUUUAACCAUUGUUACUGUGAUCACCACAGUGCACACUGCACAUCAAGCUUCCCAUAUCUCAUAUUAUAUAUAUAUAUAUAUAUAUAUAUAUAUAUAUAUAUAUAUAUAUAUAUAUAUAUAUAUAUAAAAUCUGAGCAAGGUGAUACAGCUGAGCCGAGGAAGAUAAAAACCAAAAUGAAAAACACUCUGCACUUGUUUUGUUUAUUUUGGCCUGAAGUGUGCGAUUUGAUAUUCAGUUCUCCAUAAUCACCAGCUUAGUGAACAAUUUAGAUAAUGAGAAUAUUAUUAUUAUUAUUUAUAUAGUGCCAUCAGAUUCUGUAGCGCUGUACAAUGGGUCUCCAUCAUUCCUCACACAGUUGUUUAAAUAUAUUUGUUUGACAUUUCACCGAAUGCCAGGGGAGUUUGCUGGGGUGUUGUAUGCAAGGGGUGGGGGUAAAGUUUGUCUCAUGCUAACCUGUAAAGAUAUAUUAACAUACAAAGUCCUGCUGUGUAAUUUAGAAUCCACCAACACGCUCUAACACCUGUGUGUUCACCUCUCGAUACACACAAAAUUAAGGUUAUACAUACAUACAAAAAAAGUGGAGUGUAGUUGGUAUUCACAUAUGAUAUCACUGAAAAAGACAUGGCCAAAGUCUAGUGCAAUUCAGUAAAACUUAGUACAGUGAACAGAUGAGUAACUCUAGAAUUUGGUACUCACAAAUAUGGAGCCUAUAUGCAAGACUCACCACAGAUGCAGGUGGGGAAGUUAGAAUGGACCCCACUCCCUUAUUGAUGCUGUAGAAGUUUUCUUCUUGACCCAAUAAGUUCACUGAACGUGAAUUCCAAAAAACUGAAAAACUUUAUUGGUACAAAAAAUUCAUUAAAAACGUGUUAAAAAGUGGUAUAGUAAAUAAAGUCCACAUAAAAUAAACGUGCAAGACGCGUUUCGCCUAUUAAAAAGGCUUCCUCAGUUGCUUCUUGGUUCUUUCCUCUUGUCCGGUCGUUUUAUAUAUGCUUCUUCUCAAUUGCUUACUCCGAUCACUUGUUUAUACUGAUUACUUCCAUCUCUCUUCAAUGACGCGGUAUCUCGCGUUGCUUCGUGAUGAUGUCAUCACGAUCAGUCCAUAUUUGGAACGCAUGCUCGCGUUCCAAAUUUUCACUAAAAACUACAUGUUCCAUGGGUACAUAGAAGAAAAGGGAACAUCGUUAUGAAUAUCUUUUCGUUCACAUAUAUCACAAGGUUUUAGGAAUGUGUCAUAAGUGAACUAUAAUGCAUUUCAGUUUAAAAAUAAUGAAUGCUUACAGAAAAAGGUGAUAACAUUAAACAUAUGUUCCCUUUUCUUCUAUGUACCCAUGGAACAUGUAAUGCCUGAUCCUGAUGAAAGUCCCUGCUGGGACUGAAACGUUGAUCUUUUAAUGGAUACUUAAUAAAUUGUUAAUUUUAAUUCUUGAAAAUCCGUGAGUGCUGAUCACUAUCUGAGAGAUAUAUAUAUAUAUUUUAUUUAUUUAUUUUUCGGCAACUUUGACCCGUUUUCGGCCGAAAUAAGAUAGGCCCACUUUCAGGCCGAAAAUUUUGGUGCAUCCCUAAUUAAGAUGGAUCAUAGACAUUUUAAUGUAGUAGAAGUUGGAAAUUGAGUACAAGGCCAUGGAUGAAGGCGCAACAACUGUUUUCUGGGUUUUGAUUGUUUAUGUGACACUGGUGUGCUGCCUACUUGAGGAGGUAGGGGCACCGAAUGACCAAGUGUAUGUAUUCCUACAUAUAGUCUUACAAUGGAUGGACCAUUACAUAUGAAAGGAUUUGGAAAAGAUUUAUUGAGAAUAUUCUAACCUAUUUCUCUUGAUGACGGGGGGAAGCAAAAACUUAAAAUAAAAUGUUGUUGAAAUAAAAAUAAGAGGUAAAUUAAUCAUAUCCAUUUCUCAGUUGAUCAGGGCAGUCUCUGUGCAAUGCUAAUAUUCUAACGGUCUUUCAUCCUAGCUUGUGUCCUGGGACUUCAAGCAAGUGGCUCGGACACAGUAACCGAUGACUCUCCACAUGUGACCCCUCUCUGUGACAUCUUGGAGAUGAUACUUCGCAAAGGAUUGAGAAGUAAGUAAAAUCUAGGUAUUGAUACUGUGACGGAGCUCCAGUACUCCGGCUGAGUACCUCCAUUAAAGUUCCCUGGAAAAGAAAGUACUGAAGUGACUACAGUCCUUUCCCCAAACACCAGUCGACACUUGGUGAAGGGUAAAACAAAAACCCCUUAUUAGAACAGGCACAUAUUUAUAGGGACAUUCGCAACAAGGGGCAGCGAUGAGAACAGGGUGCCUUACAACAUUUACCCUAAAAUAACCUCCAACAGUAUAUUGACAACUGAUACAUCCACACAGAGGGCUAAUGUCACCUAGCAACAUGUACUAAAAGCGUCUGUGUUGGAUGUACCCAGCCUGAGUAAUCCUCAAGUGAAAUUUAGCCGGGCUGUGGCAAUUUUCCAAUCUGACCCAGAAUUCCGAGCUUCCGCCAGAUGAUUAACGACUGAUCGCGCUGGACAAAUUGCAGCUGCCCUGGUCCCAUAGAUCAGUUUCAGGGAUGGAAAAUAGGGUGCUCCGCUGCACGAGGGAUGGAUGGAACAGGGGAAAAUGCCAGGGAGAGUGAUUAUGCCCUUUUAGGGGGAGUUAGACUUUGAGUCCUGCACCAGUUGAAGCAUGAUCAGAGCAGGCUCCAUCACAGAUACAAAGAGUGUUUUAGCUCUGAAGGGAUUGGUACUGCUACGCCUGACAGCUAGCUUGAGUAUUCUUGUCAAAAAUAAUUGAUGGCGACUGCUUGACUCCCGUCUCCUGGACACUGUUGCUGUCUUGAAGGACAGCACAUAAAAUCACUUAAAUACACACAGACUUACUUCACAGUUCCCUUUAAUCCUUUUCCUUUUACUGAUAUGCCAGUUAAAGUGCUCUCCCAAGCACCUAUGUAUGAGUAAAGCAGAGUUAAUGACGAUAGCCUGGCAAAGUGACUGUCACAGUUAUGUAGGCAUAAAUAGCCACAUUCACAUUUUCACACCUAUAUUCAUACUUAUAAGAGCAGUUUAAGCACCAUAACUAUUACAACUUAACUGUAUGAGCCAUAGUGGUUAUGGUUUUUGCAAUGUCCAUUUUAAGGUGUAAAGGCGAAAAUAUAUGACCGUGCGUUGUAACAGCAGAAAAGUGGUCUAAUUGGUGCAAUCUCUUAGGUGGAGCACUGGGCAUGAAAAGGAGAGAUUACUGGCAUUGGAUAGAGGACCUUCCCCAACACGACAGCUGUGGCAGGUGAGAGAACAAAGUGAAUAUUUGGGUGAGAUAAAAAGUGCUUUAAUUAAAAUAAUAAAUAUGCUUAUUAAGCAGAAAGUAUGGAAUAUGCUGGAGUCAGGCUUGAACAAUCAUUGAACAGAGAAAUUAAAACAAAUAUACUCUCUCUAGGGUAUAAUGCAGUAUUGGUUUUCUCUAUAUCCCUGUAUGUGCUGUGGGUGGUGUUAUAAAUUCUUCUCUACAUUUUUAACCAUCUUUGGCUCUGGCAAUCCACGAUAACUCAUCAUCACUGGUUUUGUAAAGCUAACACUCCCAGCCAGUUAACAGUGUCCAAAGUUGGAUAAAAUUGAUAUUGCUGAACUGGAAUUCAGCGGGUGCCCAAAGAAACGGGUCAAACAAGGAGAAGUAUUUACAAGGCAGGUGCUCUGGGCAAAUGCUGCCUCUUGAGUUUAGCUCCACUGAGCUAACCAACCAGGAAGAAGCAGGACCUGCUGUUUGAUUGACAGCCAGGAAGGCUGUACCAAGGUUAUUAUUAAAAGUGCCAAUUUCUAUUAAAAUAUUUGCUUUUUGUAAAAUUUUAAAAAGCAGACACACUCUUGACACCUAAGGCACUUCAGCAAGCUAAAGUGCUUUAGGUGCGUGAAGUUUUUCUUCAAGUAAAGCUGUCCACUUUAUACUGGAGGUUCCUGACACAGAGGUGGACAGUUUUAGAAGUUCCUGACUGCGAGAGUAAUAUUCUAGUGUUGGAAAAUUGAGAUGGAUCAUUUACAUGUUCGUGUCUCCUCAUAUAGGCUCUCUUAUCUGUCAGUAAUGGUAGAAAAAACAAAUGCUUGCCCCAAACUGCUGACUGCACAAGGCCGUGGAAGAUAUUUCCUGCGUAUGGCUCUCAAUGGCAAAUCUUUGGUGACCACAAUCCAGCAUUUACAACACACAUGCAAACUAUUGGAGGUAGGCAGUAAUGUAUACAUGCUAACAUGUUGCUAGAACAUUGCAGACACUUAGAGAACUUAGAGAACCAUUUGUAUUAUAGAUACAGUAUGUGUGUUACUACUGUGUGUAUGUAGGUGUGUACUUGCGUGUGUGUAUGUAAUGGUCAGGAUAUCUGCAUAGUGAUUUGAUGUCGUUGUUGUGUAUUUUAUAAUUGUUUAUUAAAACAAGCCUCCCUAAACAGUAGGUAGAAUUGUUGAGAUUUUAUUAUGGUUUCUUUUCUUCCAGCGGUAUGAUCCAAGCAUGUCUGUACUUGGAAAUGAAGACUUUAUGGGUAAUAUAAAUUAGUCUGGUCACAUAUGAAAUGACUAUUAAAAAAUACAUAUAAUUGUAUACAUUCACAUAAAUGGGUACUACGCCCCUACCUGUGCUAUCCAACUUCUCAAAGUUGUUAACGUAAUUUUGUUCAAGAGAAUCAAAGACUUUCUCCCUGCAGAACCCUUCCUGUGCCUGCUGCUGGUAGCUUCACAAAGCAAUUUCUCUCUGGAUCUACAGGUAUUUUAAUGUAAAUGUGGGUAAAGUUACUCCUUUUGGUUGUGCAGCAUUUUCCAUCAUGUUGCUCGUAAUUAAAAAAAAAAAAAAUUCUUUUUUGCCUGUUUUCAGAAUUCUAGUUUCCUGGAUGAAAGCUGGAUUCUCCCGGUAAUUCUUUGGCAUACAGAACAUACGUUUGAACGUGUUCUCUAUUGUUAUAGACAUUACAUUAUUAUUCUAUUAAAUAUUAGUAUUUGGUCAUUAUUUGUAACUCAUGUUUCCAUAGGUGUGUACCAUUUAUCAGACUGUGCCGUGCAGAGAACUCGGAAUGGUGCUUAGGUGAGAAAUCAGUGUUCCUAACGUAGACCUAAAUUUAAUAAUUUUUUUGAGAAGCCUUUCAAUUUACUUAAUAUUUCUGGAUAGGUUUUUCAAAUGAUUUUGAUAUUUUUUGAUAAACUUUUUUUAUUUUAUUUUUUUUUUUAUUAUUUGAGAUUUUCAAAAGUAUAUUUUAAUAGGUUGAUUUAUUUUUUUAUAUAUAUAUAUUUUGCUGUAUUUUAAUAAUUUGAAAAUAUAAAUUUUAAUUUAUAUUUUUAAAUUCUUAAAAUAUAAAAACAAAAUGUUAAUCUAUUUAAAUAUUAAUAUACUUUCGAAAAUGAACAAUUUAACGAUUUUAAAUGUUUAUUCAAAAAUAUCAAGUCACUUGAAAAGUAGCAUAAACAGCGCUACGGAAUUUGAUGGCGCUAUAUAAGUGCUUUGAGUGAGUUGUCUGUGUGCCGCAGGGUAAAAUGGCUGAAUACGAUUAAUGUCCCGGUUCGGCUUAGUCGGGUGCUGGCGUGGUUUGGAAGGAUCCUCAGUUGGCAGAGCGAUAGUCCUAAAGCUGAAGCAAAGGCUUUGGCUCCCAUGAGACUAGUAAGCUGGAGUUGCUUGUCUUCACGUUGAACACAGCGUUUAAGACCUGGACCCCAGUGAUAAUAAACGCUGUGUUCCUUUAGGAGCCUAGUUAUGGGUCACAGAGAUGGCCUCCAAAGGACAGUUGAAUCAAAUCUUCAAUAUUUCCGAAGGUGGUGUAAGGCUAAAGGCCCACCAGUGUUGUGAUUGGAUAAAUCUCCCCUUACAGUGAGAAAUUGUCUUGGUCAUCUAGAGCGCUGUCCUCUGAGUAGGCAGGCGGUGGUUUCCUUGCAGGUGCUAUCUUGGUUGCACGCGGCAAUGUAGACUGAAGGAGCAGGUUCCCGGUAUGCUGGGAUUUGGUCUUAGACCUGCGUCCAUAUUCUCCAAAAAGAUGGGCUGAUAAAACUGACCCCUUGAGAGCUGUAGAAAUGGUGUAAUUUAGUGUAUAACCAGGUUAUCUAUGGAGAAUCAGUAGAAAAAGUCUGUUCUAUUCUAUUAGCUCAGCCCCCUGACAUUCAUAUUUAAUAUUCAUAUUCGCUACAAUUUGGGGUUUAGUGAUUAACCCUAUAUGUGAAAUGAUCUUGUAUUAGUGAUAUUAACCCCUUAAGGACCGUGGGCAUACUUGGUACGUGUAACAAAAAACGGUCCUUAAGAACUGCAGACAUACCUAAUAUGUCCACGGCAAAUAUGAGCCGUCCUUUUUACUUACCCGAUCGCUGCUGUUCCCCCACCGGUGAUCGGUGUUGCUCCUGGUCUGGAGGGACUGCCUGACAGCCCAGACAGUCCCCCAUGGCAAAUUAGGCCCCCGCGGGCCAUGUGAUCGCUCUGAAAGAGCGAUCACAUGGCCGCAAUAGGUGUCCAUAGUCCAUAGUGACUGUAGCGGACUCCGGGUAACCAGACUGGUUACCUCCGCUAUUAUCUUCCUUCAGCUGCUCAGGAACCACUGUAGAAUAUACAGAGAUCCAUUUCCCCCCAGUAACUAGACUACACACAGUUCUGGAAGUACAACACUGACUGAACUCUGUUUAUUUCGUCACACGUGGUUUUACAUGCACAGACUCCUACAUGGGGUCUCCAACACAAAACCAGGGUUUCAUUCCCAAGAAGCUGAUGGGGGAUGGAAGAGGGACAAAGCAGCCAGUUCAAACUGGGCUGGCAGUGUCCCUGUGGCAAUGCCCUGCUGAGACAGAUAGGGGGAGAGGCACAGACAAGUAAUACAUUUCACUUACUAUACUUAACAGAGCUGUCCCCCCCCCUCCCCCCCCCAAUGUGCCUGCGGACUGGGGAGGGAGAGCAGAGAUCCCGGCCCGCAGGCACUGUGCUGGCAGCCAGCAGGGGAGGAAGAGAGGCCCCGGGAGCUCAGCCUUCAGCUUCUCCGGGUCCUUCUCUUGCGGUUACCACGGCAACGCUCCAAAUCUCGCAAGAGUGAACUCUAGCCCUGGAGCUACGGGCUAGAGUUCACUCUAACCAUUGGAACCACCAGGGAUCCAGGAAUGUCCCCCCUCCUCCCAGUAAAGGUAAGAAAAUAGAUUUAUUUUAUUAAAUAAAAAAAAAAUAUUAAGCCUCCCUACCCUCCUUCUCCGCCCCACAAACACUGUCCCCCAUACUUAUACUGCCCCCAUACACACACUGCACACCAAUAGACACAUUUCCCCCAUACACACACAUUGCUCCCCCAUGAAACAUACACAGUGCCCUACACACACUGCUGCCCCCAUACACACAUUGCCCCUCAGACACACAUACAGCUCCACUCACACACUGCUGCACCCAUACACACAUUGCCCUCAGACACAUACAGUGCCCAUCACACACUGCUGCCUCUAUACACACAUUGCCCUCAGACACAUACAGUGCCCAUCACACACUGCUGCCCCCCAUACACACACAUUGCCCCCAUUGUGACACAUACAAGCAGUGUCCUACACACACUGCUGCCCCCAUACACACAUUGCCCCACAGACACAUACAGUGCCCUACACACACUGCUGCCCCCCCCAUACACACAUUGCUCCACAGACACGACCCCCCCAUACACACUCUGCCCCACACAUGCAUAUAGUGCCCCCCGCCCAUACACACACUGCCCCCAUACACACACAUACAGUGCCCCCCCAUACACACACUUAUGCACAGUUGCCCCCAUACACAUACAGUGCUCCCCCAUACACACACUGCCCCACACACACACAUACAGUGCCCUCCAUACACACACUGCCCCCCAUACACACACUGCCCCAAACACACAUAGAGUACCCCCCCAUACACACACUGCCACAUACACUGCAAGCCUCACACACACUGCAGCUCUCUCACACACACGACUGCUCCUAUGCCCUAUAUCCCAGCAGACCCCAGGUAAGUUGUCAAACUGUACUUAAACGGUUUAACUACUUACUCUGGGAUGGGAUCCUGGCACUACUGGCACCAUAACUACUGAGCUGUAGUGGUUAUUGUGCCUGGAUUAUUUCUUUAAAUAAUCUACAAGUGCCCCUCCCGAGAUCAGGCUCUGGAUCCGCCCCUGAUACAGGCACAUGUAAAACAGUUGUGGACUGCAUCUCCCAUAAUGCUUUUACAUCCAUAAUGCUGCCAAAGUCCUCAAAAUCUGGGAUUUCAAAGGCAGUCUACCCCUGUACCAAACCAUAGCUCUUCCCCGUGACAUCCCAAAUAAUUCCAAAUCUGACCGCCUCAGUUGUGCAAGUUCAUAGAUUUGCCAUGUUGAAUUCAAAUGACGUCAAGCAAAAAAAAAAAAAUAUAUAUAUAUAUAUAUAUAUAUAUAUAUAUAUUUUUUUUUUUUUCACUUUCAUGUGGCGAACCAGGGGCAAUCAUUGUUGUCACUCCAGAUGUUGUGGACUACAUCUCCCAUGAUGCUUUGCCAACUUUAUGGCUUUAAGGCCCUGUGUUCUUCAGUUUUGACAGACCUGUAACAGACCUUUUCUGGAUGUAAGAAAAGAGGUCACUUCCCAGGAACACACCCAGCAUGUGGCCGCUUUCUUUUACUUCUUAUCAGUCUCUUUGACACAUGAGAUUUAGAUUAGAGGAAUGUUUUCUAAGGGUGUCACCUACUUUCUCUACUCUGCAACCUCCUGCUCUUCCCCCACCUCUGCAGGAUAUUAAAUUGGCCUUGCUUCCAAUUAAUCCUACCAUCCCCGAGAGGUCUCUGCCAAUCUCACAAACUGGUUCUCCUUGUUCUGCGAGAGUAACAUAUAUUCAAUCAACCUUAACCUUAACAGCCUUGCACUUUUACUUUUGUACCUAUUGUUAUUUUAUGUGCAUUGUGUAGAAUCUUGCAGAAGGAUUAAGAAUAUGACACUAAAACAGUAAAUGUGGACUUUUCAGAAACCGUUUUUAGACCUCUGUGUCUGUGUGAAGCACAGAAGGGUUUCGUAUAAUUUUAAUGUUUUAAGUAAGAACCUUUCUCUCCUGUCUUAUUAAUUAUUAGGAUAAGGGAGGUAUUAAGGAUGUAUCUAUAUAUUUUAAGUCUUAAGCUUUGUGUGUAAUUCUUACUCACAACAUGAAACCCACAUGAACACUGUUUUUUUUUUUGAUUCAAUAUUUGUUUACGCAGGGGUGGAUUUUUAUUAAGAGUUCCCACGAGUCAGGGAGUGUUUGAGUGACAGAGUGAAUGUGAGUGCUGGGAUGUUAUGUUUGCUGUGUCUGAGAGUGCAAUUAUUUUUUUAUUUAUUUUUUGGUCUGUGUGUGUUUGUUCGCAGUUUCAGUAUGUGAAUGCAGGGACUAUAUGCAUGUUGUGUCAGUAAGUGUGAAUGCAGAGCUCUGUGUAUGCUGUGUCAAUGACUAUGCAGAGGCUUUUUGUGCACAGUAUCCGUGUUUGUGAAUGCAGGGUCUAGGUGCGUGCAGUGUCAUUAAAUGUUGAUGCCAGAGUCUGUGUGUGUGAAGGUUCAGUGUUUGUGAAUGCAGGGACUAUAUGCAUGUUGUGUCACUAAGUGUGAAUGUCAAUGACUAUGCAGGGGCUUUCUGUGCGCAGUAUCCGUGUUUGUGAAUGCAGGGGCUAGGUGCGUGCCAUGUCAUUGAAUGUUGAUGCCGGAGUUUUGUGUGAAGUGUCAGUGUUUGUAAAUGCAGGGGUUCUCUUUGCAGUGUCCGUGUGUUUUUAAAUGUAGAGGCUAUAUGUGCACGGUCUGUGAGUGUGAAUGUAAGGUAGUAUUUUAAGGAAGAUUAGUAGGAGAUUUGUGGAAGAUUAGGUGUAUUUGCAGUCCUUCCUCCUCCUUCACCAUGCCAUCUCACUAGCCCACCACUACUACUUCAUGCCUAAUAUGUAUAUUUGAGAGGUGUCCUUUUUGCUACUGAAGUGGUCCGAGGGCCCCUGACACUUUUUUUUUUUUUAAUAUUCUUUAUUUGAAUGUUCCAGCCCUAAAAGGUUCAGUUUAUUCAGGGCCAGAUUGUUUGAGCAUGGUUACUAGGGAUUUAAACCUUUGUGUGGAGGAAGAUUUAGAGCAGGAUACAAUGGAUUCACUACAGGAAACAAUUUGUCAGCUGUUCCACUUGAACAAUGAAUUACCUCCCUCUGUUACAAGAAAUGUUUUAUCACUAUCUGUCUAUCUAGAGCUUGGGCUCUGGAUGCUCUAGGCGCCAGUCUUUGCAGUAUUGUAAAGUGCUUUUAGUGAGAAGACUUACCCUUUUUAAGUCCCGAAGCUGAUUUUUCAUUGUGUUCUCCUACGAGACCAACUAAUCUGACUUCUAUAGAAACCAAUUUAAGUAAGCCGCAUUACACAUGCUAGGGUCAAACAUGGUGACACACGAACUUUGCCCUCAGCCAGGCACUGGCUUUUGAUUGGCAAACUCACCUGAGAAUAUUAUUUUUAACACCGUCGCAUUGUGACUAGGUACCACUUCUUCUCCUUAUCAGGAAACGUGAAGUAACAGUUGUAACACAUUUUGACAUAAGUUUACAGUUAUUGAUUCAUUUUUUUUAUUUUUGUUUUUUAAAGAUACUUGGAGGGACGUGUAUUUGUCAUCCAGGUGCUCCCUGACAGUCAGGCUGAAGUGGAUGAGGUGGUACUAGCUGGUGAUGUCAUUGAUGAAAUUAAUGGAGUGUCAAUGCGAAAUGCAUAUAAUGGGCAGGUAAGCAUUUUGUGAUUCAAACAAUAUUUUAAAUGGUAUAGCAAUCUGCAUAUCUAUUAAAGGGAUACCAUAUGCACCAAAACAACUUUAGCAUAAUGAAGUGGUUUUGGGGUCUCACUGCUCCAUUCUCUGCCAUAUAGGAGUUAAAUCACUUUUGUUUAUGCAGCCCUAGCCACACCUACCAUGGUUGUGACUCACACAGCCUGCAUGGAAAAUAGUAAUUUUCAAUCAGAUCUGACAGCACAGUGUGUUUACUUUAGGAGUGUAUAUCUUCUGUUCUGUUAGUUGAACUUUAAUCUCACACAAAAGAGGCUCCUGCUAGGUCUUGACGGCUAUUAAAAUUAAACAGACUGUGCAAUAAAGGAAGUUCAAACAUUAGAUGUCUCUAUACAGGAAAUGUGUAGGGAGACUGUGUGAUUUAACACCUAAAUGGUAGAGAAAUGAGCAAUGAGACUGCAGGGGAAUGAUCUAUACACCAAAACAAUCCCAUUAAGCUAAAGUUGUUUUGGUGCUUAUACAAGCUUUCACCAUGACGUCACAACAAUAACAAGCUCUUCCGGGUGGCAAAAGCCGAAGCGUUCUCUGAUGAAAGCUGUACUCUGCGUAUAGAACUGGUUGCGUGUAUGUUGUGAAUGAGCUGUACAAAUCUAUUGAUAAGAGCAUGUAGCCGGAUUUUUCAGUGUGAUAGGAAAGUGUAGAGAUGCUAUUUAAGAGCUGAUCAAGGAAUAGGACUGCUCUCUAAACAGAUUAUUUUAAUUUCACUGUUUUUCCCCCUCUUCCGUUCAUCCUAAUGUUAGUAUAGAGUGGAGCAAUUGCUGCAGUUAGCCAGCCUAACAACAUAAUUUUACUGCAUUCAGUUAUUUUAUACUUUUUACUAAUAUUAUUCUAAUCUCCGUAGUCCCCAUGCUCACUGUGUGCUCUGUAGUCCCCAUGCCCAGCGUGUACUCUCCACCCCACAUUCACUGCAGCCCGCCCUUGCCGGGUCCCUGAGCCCAGCCAGCCCUCUCACCCGUCCAUCACAUCCCAGAUGCAGGUAGUCGGCCCCUGAGCUCAGUAUGCGCUCACUUACGUGAGUGAAUCAAUUUUUGCACCGGGGCCCCAUGGAUCGUGUGUACGCCACUGGAUGGCACACAAAACGACUUAGGAAAGUGAUUGGCUAAAGUGGCAAUUUUUGGAAAUUCGAUUUUAAUUCAUUAUGACUUUUAAGGCACAUGCAGACAGAGCAAAGUAACGGUGGAGAAGGUCUUUGGGCCUACAUAAAAUUAAAAAUAAAGUUUGUAACAUUCAAAACAGUUACUACCCCCUUCAAGCCAAGGAGACUGAGCAUAGAGAGGGCAAUAGUUAUUAAAUAAUUGACCAGAAGACUGGGCGUCUCCUGGGACCGUAUUGCUAUUAUACUCUGGAGAAAGACAAGAGGCCACUUUGCUGGGUCGGUGGGUGUAUUUUGGGGUGGUGCUAUUUUAAGGACACUUUAGUUAAUUUCUUAACCAAAAUCAGACCUCUUUGCUAUAUUACUGGGUCCCUGUUUGGAACAGGAACCUGCUGACCCAGGCUUCAUGUAACUGCACACAAUAAAUAGUUUUUUUGCGACGUUGCUUCAGUUCCUGCAGAUCGUAGAGCAUUUUUAAACCAUAUAAAGAGUGCUUUCUUUUAUACAUUUAGACACAACGACAGCUUUGAAGUUUCUAGGGGGAAAAAAAGAACAAUAGUAAAGAUAUAGAUUACAAUUAAAAGUAAGGCUGGAGUAUUGGGGUCCACAAAAAGGGCUGUACUUUCUAAAGAUGAUUCCAAGGAAACAUCUGACCAGUCUAAUGUUAUACAUUUUUCAGGCUGGCAAUAUACUAAACAAACUGAAGGGGGAGCCACUGAUAUUCAGGUUGAUCCGAUGGCGCAGGAAAGAUGGGGAGUUGUUCCGUCCUCUAAUCCCCUAUAUCAAGAUUGUCCAGGAAAAGAUGCCCACGUUCCAGCUUCAGCAGGAGCAUAGGAGCCAAGAAAGUGGGGAGCAGCAGCCUCAGCUGGAAGGCAGGUAGGGAGACGUCUGUCGCCACAACCGGCUGAGUCUGUCUAUGAUAUCUUGUUGAUAACAUCACAUUAUAAUCUCUCCCCACAGGCUGAUGUACGCUCUCCAGUAUCUGGGACAGGCUCAACUUGGGACGGUAAAUAGCAUAAUAUCUAUUUGUCUAUCUAUCUCCUUAAAGUUUGCAUUUUAUUUAAAAUUUUCCACAAUUUGCUAUGAAUUAACUCCUAUGACCGCUCACGUUUUAGUAAAUAGCCCUGUUGGUUGCAUUUACUGUUGUUUUGGAUUUCCCGUAUGCUUUCGGCUCAUUUGAGAAAGCAAUGGUAAUUCACAAGUGUGUGAUAAUGAGUUUUCAUUUGCGGCACACUACUUACCAGGGUCAUAGUGAGAGUAGAAUGGACACUAUUGCAAACACUUGUAUAUCUUGUUUCAUUCAAGGGUGAUCUGUCCUAUCUCUAAAGAAAUACAUUAUUGAAUUUAACAUUAAAAAUCACCAAUAACAUGCAUUAAAGGACCUCUAUCGGCACCCAGGCAUCUUCAUCUCAAAGACGUAGUUUGGGGGUAGUGGUCCUUUUAGUUUUUACCCUACUAUGUAAAUCAUUGCUGUUUUUAAAUGUGCCUAUAGCCACUUCUCUAAGUCAAACUUGGUUCUCACAGCUAACCUCCAAUAGGAGUGCAUGCACAUUUCGUCCCCAUUGCUCAUCAUUGAAGAGAAUUGGAUAGCACAUAUAGGAGAGCCUUGGCAUCAUGCAGAUCGAUCAGCUGUAGGGACUUGAUCUCGAAAACUUUUUUCCCAUUUUUUUAUUUAGCAACUGACAUCCUGAUCCAGUUCAGUCUAGGCACAUAUUACACAUGUGGAGGAGAAACCUAAACAUUUUUUUAUUUCUCCCCUUCUCUGUCUGCUCUCUACAUGCUGACUGCCAGGUGCACAGGACAGUGUUUAUAACAGCGAUUGACAUGGAGCUCUCCCAGUUCAAGGAUAGCGUUCUGUUGAAUUCUAAAUUUAAUUUUCUUUUCAAGUUUUUUCACAAUAACACAUUUGUUAAAAAUAAGAGUUAAGCAAACAUAAAACAUCCCAAAAAUGUAUUUAAAAAAAAAAAAAAAAAUUUUUUUUGUAUUAGUGUUAGUACAGAGAGAUCUGAAUGUAUACUGCUAAUAUAAUAAUUCAGGGCAUAUGUUUGACUGACACCGGACCUGUGUCAUAUAAAUAAUUUUUACAAACUGUAAUGUAAUAUAUCUUUUUUUUUUUUCAGUUUGGGGGCAAAGAAGUUUUAGACAUGGGCAUUACUAAAGUUAGAAAUCAAAAUUGUCCCCCACAGGUGAGUGUUCUCUUUUUUCUCUUAAAAUCAUUUUCAACAUUUAACAUGUAGUUGAUCCAUGGCAGGAAAUGAGUAAAUAAACAGGAACUUCUUCAUUGUUUGCAGGACGUGUUGUUUGACAUUAGAGAAAUUGAAAUAGUGGUACAGGAAAAGUCGUCAAAUGAGGUUAGUUAAAGCCAGGAGGUGAGACAGGCUAAAUACAGAAUUGUUGCUGGUUUAUGUAAUGUCACCUUUAUUUACACAGGUAUUGUUUCGACAUCAAUAUCCAGAGAUCUCAAGCGUUGGACGAAGAACUGAUAACAGACAUGUCUUUGCAUUAUGCGUUGUGUGAGUAUAGAAUAUCCAUUGAGAAAUGCACCUUCCCUUUCUCCUUUAAAACAAUAGGUUUAGAUGUAUACAAGUAGAAAAGAGAAAUACCUGUCAAUGGUUUUUCCAAUUUUGUCUUUGGGGGUUUACUAAAGUUUUAUCCACUACUUUCCAUCAGACCGUCGUAAAGUGUACGUAAUGCACUGGGUGCAUUAUUUCCAAAACCAGAUUAAUUUUUUUUUUUUUUUAAAGGACCACUAUAGUGCCAGGGAAACAUGCUCGUUUUCCUGGCACUAUAGUGCCCUGAGGGUGACCCCACCCCCUCCCACCCGGCUCUGGAAGGGGGAAAGGGGUUAACACUUACCUUUUUCCAGCGCUGAGCGGAGAGCUCUCUGCCUCCGAUCCUCCUCUUCUCCUCCCCGUCGGCUUAAUGCGCACGCGCGGCAAGAGCUGCGCACGCAUUCAGCCGGUCACAUAGGAAAGCAUUCAUAAUGCUUUCCUAUGGACGCUGGCGUGCUCUCACUGUGAAAAUCACAGUGAGAAGCACGCAAGCGCCUCUAGUGGCUGUCAAUGAGACAGCCACUAGAGGAACUAGAGGAAGGCGUAACCAAUUCAUAAACAUAGCAGUUUCUCUGAAACUGCUAUGUUUAUGAAAAAAUGGGUUAACCCUAGCUGGACCUGGCACCCAGACCACUUCAUUAAGCUGAAGUGGUCUGGGUGUCUAGAGUGGUCCUUUAAGUUUUUAAAGGUUAUAUUUUACAUAGCAAAUGGUUUAAAAGGACAGUGACUCCCAUAUUCAUGCUCUGAUCAGUAAAUCAAAGCAGGAGUAGCACAGAAGCCGGAUUGUAACCUUCUCUACAUAAAAAUAUUGAAAAGUAAUCUAUAACUUAGAGCCCUCGGGGAAGUGUUAGUGAUGGACAUUUUACUGUACUCAAAGCUUCAUAACCACUACAGCCUGCUGUAAUGGUAAAAUGCCAGGAGAACAGUGCCUUGGUUCCCCGGUAAUGGGAGAGAAAAAAAAAUCUUUAGCAAUAGUUUGCCCCCUUACCUGGAUCCCCACUGUUCUCUGAUACUUACUGGCAGUCCAUUGAUACAUAUCCAGCUACAUUUCUACAGAAGCUGGGGCAGUCAGGAUUCAUUGGAUGUGAGCGUCAGUUGGUCUUGCUCUGCCAAUGAAGGUCAUAAUGUGCAACAAAAGUUAUCCAGAAUUGACAAUAGCCAGCACAGAACUCUAAUUCCAGGCUGGAUACCCAUAUGGUACUGCGAGAGUUGUGGUUACACUCCUAGCAGCAGAAGAGUUCAUCUCUGUUAUGUGCAUUGUUUCAAAGCAAAAUGCUGAAUAUGCAGACUCCAGGUACCAUGACCACUUCCAAUCCCUUUAAUAAAAGCGGUAGCUCACAUGAGUGAAACUAUUUUUAAAAAUUCCUCUUUCCAAGUUUAUACAAACUGUUUAUAUGUAUAAUAGAGAAUACACAACCGUGAAUUAUACAGGAUGUGAAAAUUGAGUGGUAUAUGAACGCAGCAAUUACAUUAUUUCCCUGUAAUAUACCAUUUCCCAUUCUGUAACUUUUAUAGUACAUGAUAUUUUAGGGCUUGACUUAUUGUGUUAGGAUUCCUAUUGUUAGUCCUAGAAUUUCUUAACUCCUAGAGCAGAACCAGUAACUAUUGUGCCAGGUUAGCGGGAGAUUAGGAGAGGGCUAAACUUAAAAUUGUGUCUGCUGCUUCUCAAAAAAAAUUUUUGGACAGACCUUAAUAUAGAAGACUAUCAAACCAUGCAGUUUGAAAACAUGAUCUACCCGUUUUAAAGACAGAUCAUGUAAUAUAUACAUUAUGGUUUGACUGGCUUUGUUCAGUAACUCAUCUCCCAUUUCUUGGCAACAGCUGCAAAUAGCAAGUACCGCCUGGUAGUAUGUCCAAGUGCUGUCGUUAAUGUUAGGAGCAUAAACCUGUUUUCUCUGAGUAUUUAGAUUCAGGACACCCUUAUAUAGUAAAACAAUGGAGAUUUACUUACCUCUAAUUCCCAGGCCCAUUUAGCUCAAUGCAUCUCUAUAUGGAGGUCGGGAUCUUCAUGCACAGCAUAAAGAUGGUUUACAUCAGUCCUUUAAUUAUUACAGGACUGUUCUAGGAAGUGCCUCUAGUGGCUGAGUGACAGAUGCUAGAGGUGGUCUUAGAACACAGUGUAAACAUGUUUGCCUGGCUAAGGCUGCAAUGACAGUCUCUUUGCAUCAGAACUAUAUUAUGCUGCUAAAAAUAACUAAAAUGUUGGCAUUAUUGUCCAUAAUACAUAGUUCAUUGUUGUGUAUAUUACAGCUACACUGUACUCACCUCUAGCACAUCAAAAUGUAUAAAGGCAUAAAAAUACACCAAAUUCAUAAUAUACAGCAUGAGCCUACAGCUUAAUGUAGUUCUGGUGAGAAAUAGUUCCCUUCAGCCUUAUUUUCAUGUAAACACUGCCUUUUCAGAGAAAAGGUAGUGUUUACAUUGCCCCUAGGGACAUCUCCAAGUGACCACUCCUUAGAUGGCCACUGGAGGUGCUUCCUGUCAAUGCUGCAUUUUCCUCAGAGAUGCACUGAUUCAAUGUAUCUCUACGAGGAGGUCCUGAUUGGCCAAAACAGCAUUUGGCCCUGCCGUGUGCUGAUUUUAGCCAAUCCAAUGCCUUCCCUAUUUUGUCAAAGGGGGUAGAGCCAGCACCAAACUUGCGUUGGAAAUAAAGAGUUUUAAAUUUUUAUAGGGGGGCAAGCCACCUAAAUGGUGGGUUAAACACUAGGGUCAGAAAUGUUUGUUUGCUUAAUGUAUUUUCCUGCCUUUAUAUCUCUAGAUUUUGUGCAAAUUGCUUAAAUGGGUGUUAAGGAACACAAACUUGUAUUCAUGACCCUAUAAUAUAAAAAAAAAAAAAAACAACACACACAAUCGAACCCCCAUACCUCUUAAUAUAGCAAAAUCUUACAUUUACUCCAGUCUGCUGCUAGCUCUGCCUGCUUGACAUCAGAAGUGUUGUUCUGAGCCUAUCAAUGCUUUCACAGAGGAAACCAUAGAAUUGGCUGACUUCGAAUCGAUACAUCUGAGAAAAGUUCAGUGUCUCCAUGCAGAGGGUGGAGACACUGAAUGCCAGCACUGCCCCAGGAAGCACCUCUAGUAGCCCUCUGAGGAGUGGUUAGUGGAGUUAUCACUAGGCUGUGAUUUAAAAAAAAAAAAAAUAAAAUAAAAAAAAAGUGUUUACUGCAAAAAGCCAGAAGGGAAUGAUUACUCACCUGAACAAAUCUAAGCUGUAGUUCUUCGGGUGACUAGUGUCCCUUUAAAAUAAAAUUUCUUAACUUUCCUUUUCCUCCAUCGCUGUGCUGGUCUUUCGGUUUUGACGAUCUUAACUAAUCCAAUGUUAAGCUUUUGCACAUCAAAAACACUGUAUUGUGCCAAUUUGUAUAUCCUCAGAUAUGCUUUCACUCAAUGUAUCUCUAUGGGGAACAUUCAGAGUCUGAAUGCAGAGUGUGCAUACUGUGCAGCAGCACUAGUGGCUGUCUGAGUCACAUCCACUAAAAAGGUGUAACUAAGCAGCACUAUGAACACUGCCUUUUUGCCAAAAAUCUGUGUUUACAUUGCUCAGGCUGCAAAAACUAGAACCGCUGCAGUGGUUUUGCGGACUAUGGUGUCCCUUUCCGUAUUGGAUAUGGCAAGGUAUAUAGGAAGUAUGCAAUCAUUAACCUAAUUUUAGCAGAGUUGUAUGGUGUGGCCAUUUAAAAAAAGGUUUGCUUUACACCUAAACAGAUGUUAUCUGACAAAUACAACCCUGCCCAUGAUUAGGCCUUGCACUUUGUAGUAAAUAUUCUCUGAUGGUGGUGGGUGGCUAAGGGCAGCUAUUAACGAAUUCCUCUUAUUGGACUAGAUCAGCAAGUACAGCAGCACUAUUGGUGUAGCUCUGCAGUAGUGAGCGCCGCUUUUAGAAUAACUUAGCUUGGAUAAAGAAUGCCACUACCCACCACCACAAAAUUAAAUGUAUUCUACAAACCCUGCCCCAUUACUCAUUCAUCUUUUUUGUUUCUAGAGAAAAAGAAGCAGGGCCUGAUACCACAUUUAAGUGCUUGGCUUUUGAUGCACACACUCCUAAGGAAUGUGGAGAGAUAAUAAGACGCAUUGGUAAGGAUCUGUCUUGAUAUUUAAAAAAAAAGUGUACACGUUCAGUCUGCUAGUAAUUGUAUGUUUUGCAGCAACUGGAUUUAGACAUACAGAAUGGUUUGUCUAAAAGGACAAUAUCAAGAUGUUCUUACAGAACGUGUCUACAUUGAAGACCAAAAAUUGCACUAUAAUCCGAAAAUGUCAGUGCUUCCCAAAGAUGUAUAUAAGAGUACUGUACUUGGGUUUAACAAAUAAAUAUAUUUUUAUAACCAUUUGACAUGGGUGGACAACUCCCUCUAUGUAUUUGAGAUUAAUUAAAGGCAAGAGACAUGAAUGUAAAACUGUUUAAUUUAAACACAAUAUAUAAAAUUGCUCUUGUAAAUGCACAUUAUGUUGUAUAGCUGCCUGUUUAACACAUUGAUCGGUUAAGCACCUUGGAUUUCCAAUGAUUUGAUAAGUUUAAACAAGAGUAUGCAUAAGUUGGCCUCAACUCUAUUACAAGCAUUUCUCCUAACUAGUUGAAUGUAGCCUUUAAAAAUGCCAAACGAGUGAUGUUACAUUAACUUUCAAACCAGAAAUUCAAAAACACAAUGUUAGAAACACCUAUACAAAUGAUUGCGUUUCCUGCACUUGGCAUUCUAAUCAAAGUCUUGCUAUAGUAUGUGAAUUGCUUGAUGUUCAAGUCUUAGAACAGAUUUGGCUUCUCUAGUCAAUGUACAGCUAGAAUUCACUACUGUGUAUGUGAGCAGAUCAAUGACAUACAAAGCACCAGCUGCCAUCUCCAACAAAGACCAGAAGGGGCAUGUGAAGUUAAGCAUUCACCCUGAGUGAUAGAUGGAAUGAUUUGAAGAAAGGAAACUGAUCAGAACAAAAACCAAUAAAAAGAAAAAAGGAACACAACACAAUCUAAAACCAAGUUAGAGAGUUUACUAAAAAUCAAUCCCAUUCUUUAUGCCCUCUCACCACGUAUUCUACGGGCAAGCUGAAUGUCCUUGGGCAUAAUUGUAACUCUCUUGGCAUGAAUGGCACACAGGUUAGUGUCUUCAAAUAAGCCCACCAAGUAUGCCUCACUGGCUUCCUGCAAAGAGGGAAAGAAAGACUGCGUUAAACA